AUGACCAGCAGCCGGCGAACCUUGACAAUCGCGGGCCUCGCCCUCGUCCUGCUGCUCUGCUGGAGCUUCAGGACGAUGCGCAUGGACCCGGGCCUGGCGCCGCCCAAGUCCGGCUCGGGGCUCGCCCGCUCUUCGCAGAAACCCCUGUCGACGACGACUUCCUCAUCCUCCAACUCGGGCUCGGGCCUCCUCCCGCACGUCGACAACUACUUUGAGCAGGUCUUCUCGGCCGGCCGCCCCAGGGACUACGACUACGCCGCCCUCAAGGACGCCUGCGACCGCGCGGCCUGGCCGGCGGAGCAGGACGAGGUCUACCUCAAGUGCGGCGGCAUGGCGGCCGGGCUGACGUCCAUCAUCUCGCAGGUCAAGGUGUGCCUCAAGAUGGCCGUCGAGACCGGGUCCAACAUCGUGCUGCCCGCCAUGCCGCUGCGCGACUCGACCAACCUGCGCGAGUUCAACUUCCUCAACGGCGAGGCCUACCUGACCUACGACAAGUGGUUCGACGCCGACCACCUGCGCGAGCAGCUGGCCCGCGCCUGCCCGCGCAUCAAGGUCGUGCACCCGGACGAGCUCGGCCGGUCGGUGGCCGUCAAGCACGACUGGGAGGUGUCGUGCGCCAACGCCUUCGGCUACCGCAAGAUCCACAGCUACUUCUGGGCCGGGCGGCCCUUCAGGACCUUCUUCUCCGGCGAGCUCACCAAGCUGCGGCAGCUCAACUUUCUCGACCCGGCGCGCGACGACGCCAAGGCGGGCAUCACGGUCGUGGGCAUCGACUCCGAGUUCCUGCUGUUCCGCGUCACCGACGACCCGACGCGGCGCGACCUGCGCCUGUGGAACGACCUGGGCCACCUCGUGCGCUUCCGCGAGGAGCCGCGGCAGAUCAUCGACCGGCUGCUGAGGGGCAUGAUGCGGCCCUUCUACGGCGUGCACUUCCGCGUCGAGAACGACACCAUCUGGAGCUCGCUCGACAACCAGCUCAAGGUCGACCUCGACGCGCUCGACCGCGCCUGGGAGCUGUACGGGCCCCCCGACAAGUCUCCGACGCAGGAGAAGCCGCUGGUGUACCUGGCCUGCGGCGACCAGCAGCAGGUCGAGAAGUUCGUGGCGGCGGGCGCCGCGCGCGGCUGGGAGGUGACGCACAAGUGGCGGCUCGCCGACGCCGAGACGGCGCGCAUGAUCGACGAGCUGGCCUUCGACUUCCAGGGCGCCAUCGACAUGGGCGUCAUGGUGCGCAGCGAGUUCUUCCUGGGCCUGACGGGCAGCGCCUUCUCGUCGACGGUGGCGAACCAGCGCGACGUGACGGGGCGGUACCGCGGCAGCUCGUUCGCGGACCCGGACGACGAGGGGGCGCGGACGCACCUGUUCAAUGACCAGGAUGCGGACGAGUAUGCCUGCUGCUUGUAA